AUGGGGUUUCUUGCAACGUAUAAUGCUAAAAUUGGGGUUGCGGAGCAGUGGGUGAAACUAAUCAUGUCUUGUCUUUCUACGGUACACUAUUCUUUUCUUAUUAAUGGUAAUCCUCGGGGCUACAUUACACCGCAGAGAGGCUUGCGGCAGGGUGAUCCAUUGUCUCCCUAUUUAUUUUUAUUAUGUGUAGAGGGCUUGUCUGCUCUGAUUUCGCAUGAGGUUUCUAAUGGUCAAUGGAAGGGACUGCGCAUUUGUGAUGGUGCUCCGUCUAUUAGUCACCUCUUGUUUGCUGAUGAUAGCAUGCUUUACUCUUAUGCUACUCCCCAGGAUUGCACCCGGAUCCGGAAUGUGCUCAAUCUUUAUGAAAGAGCCUAUGGGCAACAAGUGAAUCUACAAAAGAGUAAUGUCGUUUUCAGUGGAAGCGUUUUACCUCAUUUGAGGGAUGCAAUGGCCCAAGUCCUUGGGGUUCAAGUGGUAGACAAGCAUAAUAAGUAUUUGGGAAUUCCGACUCUUGUUGGUAGAUCUAAGUCCGAUACCUUUGCUUAUAUUAAAGAUAACUUGUCUAAAAAGUUGACAGGUUAG